UUUUAAUUGCGGUGGGUGAGAGUUCAUAGCUGUCGACAAACAUGAGACAAGUCCUGAUAUUUGUUCUCCUCGGGGUAGCCUUACAAAGGACCACGGUCGUUAGUGCACAAGACUCGACCUGCUCUGAUGAGUUCAAACGAGUAACCGGAUUUUUGGAGAGACAGCUUCAAUCAUUUGGCGAAACUUUGAACAAGAGAUUGUCGAGUUUUGAAAACCGACUGACUCAAUCGGAAUGCUCUAGGCAGUCGACGAUUCCCAAUGGACGUUCCUCGACUUUUGAUUAUGGCUCCCGUGCGAGGAGUAUUUUCAAUGACUUUAUCGAGAUCUACGAUGCCAUAAUGGAGGAAAGGAAAGGCGAGAAAUGUGAGAAUUCGGAAAGGAUCACGGGAAGUCCAAAGAGUAUACAGAACCGACUAAACGAAAUCUCGGAGGACCUUCGCAAGCUCGACCGGAUUUCUCCGACUGAAAGCAAUACUGUGCCUGUUGAUUGGGUAGACAUUUCAAAAGUGAAUAUUUCUGAACUGAUUAAAUAUUAUGAUGAUAUGGUUAAGGGUGUUACUCCCCACUAUGAAAGUUCUACAAGUUCUACAACCGAAGAGGUAGAUAAACUCGUACAAUACCUGAAAGAGCAACAUGACAAAAUGGUGGAAGAUGAAAAAAAAGCUGAACAGGAAACAACAAGCACUGAAGGUUCCACUGUUUCAGAAAGUACUACUGAUAGCAAUAAUAAUAUUGUCUAUGAAUCGGUAUUGCCUGCUGAUUUUAAUAUAACUUCCCUGAUUGAGCAAUUUAAAAUUUGGAAUGAGGAGAACAAAAUGAAACAUAUGAUUAAAGAACUUAAGGGAAAUAAUGAGGAAACUUCUACUGAAAAUACUUCAACGGAUGAUACUUCUACUGAUGAUACCUCUACUGAUGACACUUCUACGGAUGUUUCUCCGGAUAACAGCGAUAAUUCUGCGGAGUCCGUCAAAAGAAGUGAUUGGGUGUUUAUAAAAAGGGUUUAAGGAGGUUUUUUACAAGAAAGGAGUGAAAAGCUCCCAACAAAAAUUGUUAAGUGAAGUUAUAAAACUUACUUCUUAAAUAUUUUAUUAAUCUAAUAUAUUACUGCAUUAAAUAUAUGUAUCAACGCUGUUUAAAGAG